AUGAGAGAAUCUGACUUGGCUCUACUUCGGUUGAUUGUGGAGGCUCUGCUCAAAAUGAAUGGCAAAGUACUUCUCAUUGGGCUCUUUAGGAGGAAGGAUAUUAGGGAAGAGCUGAUUGUGAAAGCGAAUGAGAGCUAUGUUGAGCUUAUUCGACAAUUUCAAGAGGAUGAAGUUAACCAAAUAGAGUUCUUAGAGCCGCCCUUGGUUGAUAUGGAGGAGUGUCUGGUAGACCAUGUUCAUCUGAACGAGAGGGGGUAUCAAGUCUGGGCCGAAGUUCUGUCCAAAGCAGUCUAG